AUGGAUGAGAUCUACGAGCAUGAAUCCUACGUGCUGGAUGUUGGGCAGGCUUUUCAACAACUUCCUGACGGAGCACGACAAGAUCACAGCUGCGCAUGGAGUGUAGCCACAAAAGUGGAUGAUGAAUCAGACUGGCACUGGCAAGAAGUUUUCCAGGACAUCAACAUCGCCCUGGACACAUUGGAUGAGAACUUGAAAGCAUCGCCGGCAACGACAAAGACCCUCUUCAUCAAGCACCAGAUGAAGGCAGGCAUCAAACCUGGCUGCCGAAAAGUGGGCAUGCGGAGGUAUCCGCUUGGUCGUCGAGAACGACACUGGCUACGGCGACAUGGCCGGCACCUCAUCAACCUUGUUGGAUGGGAUGGCUCACCACCUGAGCUACAACCUCUUUUUCAACAAGAUGAUUUCUCCAAGGUGUACUACUCCUACGUCACGGACAUUGCCAACAAGAAGUUUGCAACCAUGGACCCUGAGGUCAACAAGGAUGCUGCAGACUUUGAGCACAAUCAGCGGCCUUCCUGGGAAGAGACUUCAUGGACUGCAGAUCCAAGGCCUGACAGCUUCAGCGUGCAGUUCACCGAGACCCAGACCUUCACCGGCCCUGAGUCCAGUGAGGAGGAGAACGAGACGGAUGAGACUGCCGGUAUGGGCAGAGUCGUCAAGCAGUCCUUCGAGUGGGGAUCCGAGUGGGAGAAGGAUGACUUUGUGUUCACAGGGCGUCGCCUUAGGCGCAUGGAAGAUGGCUCCUUCCGCAUUGACCAGGAGCACUAUGUGGCCGAUGUGCAACUGACGCGCAUCAAGCAUGCGGAUGAGGAAUUGCUGUCUGACCACCCUGAGCUGAUCACGGAGUUCAG